UUGCAUGUCGACCGCUCCCACGACAACGCCAACCAACCGACUACAUCCACGACAACAAGCAAGAAACACGAGCAGCGACACACGGACGGAUUUGUUGGGAGACAAUGGGAGCCGAUGGUGGCACGAUCCCUACAAGGGAUGAGCUGGUCAAGGUCAAGAAGAAGGACGUCAAGGAGGAUCCGUCGAUCAAGUGGGCCGCAAAAUGGAAGCACUGCGCCGUGUCGUCGCAGCCGCUACGAGAACCCAUAGUCGCAUGUGAACUGGGACAGCUGUUCAACAAAGAGGACCUGAUGAAGGCGUUAUUGGCCAUCAAAGACAAGUCCAUGGAGCGGCCAGCGGAGCUGAAGCACGUGAAGAAGCUCAAGGACGUGCACGAGCUCAACCUCAGACCCGUCACGCAUUCGUCGUCCUCGUCAUCCACCCGCGUGCGUGGCGUGGGCCUGGAUGAUGAUCAGGAGGUGCAGUUUGAGUGCCCCAUCACGGGCGUGCCAAUGAAUGGCCGCCAUCGCUUCGUGUAUCCCGUGACAUGCGGUUGCGUCAUCUCCGAACGUGCUCUUCGCGAGAUUCCCACAGCCACCUGCCUCGUGUGCAGCAAGCCGUUUACCGCGGAAGACAUUGUUGUGCUAAAUCCAGAGCAAGAGGAGAUGAAGGAGAUGGCCCUCAACAUGAAGGCACGCAGGGAACGCGCAAAGGCUGCCAAGAAGGCCGCCAAGUCGGCCGGAGCACCAGCACCCUCGUCAUCAUCGUCGUCAUCAGCAGCACAACAAGCGGUAGCGGGUGAAGAUGGUGACAAAGACGGCACCAGCGCUGGGAACGGGUUUACGCGUGAGGAGAUGGAGCGGUUCCGACGGGAGGCGGAGGUGAUCAAGCGCCGCGCGCGGCACGCAGACGAGCAGAAGAGGAAGCAGGCCAAGGUGAACGGUGGCAAACCGGCAGAAACAUCCGCCACAGCAGACCUUGGACUCGACAGCGAUGCCCUCAAAUGGGCCCUCAGCUCCAAGAGCGUGGCACAGCGCCCUGGUGCCUCCGACACAAUGAAGAAGCUUUUUCACUCAAGCUCAAAGCGGGACAUGAACCAAUACAAGACGUUCACGUCACGCACAGGCUACUCCAUGUCGCACACGUGGGGUUGACCUGGAUGCUGUUAAUGUACUCUGUAUUGCAUUUCUGGCCUGAUGAUUUUGCUUUGUACCUGCCUGCUUGCUUGCUUGCGUGCUUGCUUUGUCGUUUGAUCGUGCCAUGUUGUAGCUGCAACGUAACUGCGAGGCCCUGCGUCUGCGUGUUUCGACACACCUGGUCCUCUGUACCAUAAACUGCCCGAACGUCACAUCAACA